AAAAAAAGAAAAACAAUCACCUCGGUGGCUAGACCUUGGGAGUAUAAAAUAGAGUUACUGAAAUCCCAUUAAUCAUAAUAUCAUCCGUCUAUAGAUUGUACACGAUCAAAAACAAAAUGAAAACAGCUGCAGCUUUUAUUUUUCUCGUCUGUUGCAUUGUUCUGGAGGUGAAAGGCUAUACACUGCCUGGGAAGAGAAGAUGCCUUUGUGCUGAUAAAGGAGUGAAUAAAAUCUCUCCAAAGGCAAUCCAGAAGGUUAAAAUCAUCCCUCCAAGUCCUUCAUGUAAAAGACUGGAAAUUCUUGUCACUCUUAAGAGAGGAGCAGGGCAGAAAUGCCUGAAUCCAGGGUCGGAAAUAGCCAAGUAUCUGCUGAAAGCCAUUCAAGAAAAGCAGAACAAAAGCCCGUAGUGGGAAUCAACCAUAGAGCCGAUGUCCUGAUCCAUGGACCAGUAACCAAAUCUUUCGAAAAAUCACCUGCUUUCAGCAUGCAUUCAAAAAUUAAGUAGUUAAAUGUAAGCACAGUGCUUUAAUCGGAGCCACUUCUGCUUUGAACAAUUUGUAAUAACUGUAAUUAUUAAUAAUCUUUUUUAAUUCUCUCUCUCUCUGAAACGUGUUCUGUUUAGUAAAAGCAGAGCAUUUCUUAGAAGCGCUUAGCUCUAGAGGAAGUCUCACGUAGCUGCUUGUGGUUUAAAUGCUACAGCAAACACAGAAAGAGCUUGCAUUGAAUUUCCUGUCCUACUGAUUACUGCGCAGAAUAAAUCAUUGUGAGUGCAAUUACAACUCUGGUGCUGUGCCUGUUUAUCGAUCUUGUGUAAGUCCUCCGUUUGUGUGAUGAAUAAAGGCGAUCUCAGUAGGCUUUGCAUUUUUAA